UCGUUGGUGUUCGUGUUUUUUUUGUGCCUUUUAUAAAUUGUUAAAUUAUUAAAACCUCUAAUGAAAUUAUUUUUGUGCAGUUUUAAUUUUAUAUUUACUGCUUUAGCCCUUUUAGUGGCCAUAAUAGCAGCACUUUUACACUACAUGGAGAAUUCUAGCGAGUCUGUGGAUUAUAAAGGGUCAGAUGUGGCACAGCUGGAGGAUGAAUUCAGAAAGAAAAAUAAAACGUGCUUUAUUCUCGGAGCAUCUGGAGAGACAGGGAGAGUUCUGCUGAAGGAAAUCAUACAGAGGAAUGUUUUCUCUAGGAUCACUCUGAUUGGACGCCGGAAGCUAAACUUUGAGGAUAAAGGAUAUGAGAAUGUGGUGCAGGAGCUGGUGGAUUUUGAGAAGCUGGAUGAACAUGCUGCAGUAUUUCAGGGUCACGAUGUUGGAUUCUGCUGCCUGGGAACAACCAAAGCUAAAGCAGGAACUGAGGGAUUUAUCCGUGUGGAUCACGACUAUGUUCUGAAAUCAGCAGAACUUGCCAGAGCCGGCGGUUGUUCCCACUUUCACCUGGAGUCGUCUAAGGGGGCAGAUAAAACCAGCAGCUUUCUCUACCUCAAAACCAAGGGUCAAGUUGAAGCAGAUGUUGAGGAGCUGGGCUUUGAGAGAUACUCCGUCUACAGACCUGCGGUGCUGUUGGUGGACAGGCAGGAGAGUCGGCCGGCCGAGUGGGUGGCACAGAAGUUUCUGGGUGUUCUCUCCUCUGCAUUUCCCACUGCCAUGUCCAUCCCCAUCAGCACUGUGGCUCGAGCCAUGGUCACUAACACAGUGAUCCAUGCUGAGAGAAAGACAGAGAUCUUAGAAAACAAAGCCAUCCAUAACCUCGGGUCAAGUUGAAGCAGAUGUUGAGGAGCUGGGCUUUGAGAGAUACUCCGUCUACAGACCUGCGGUGCUGUUGGUGGACAGGCAGGAGAGUCGGCCGGCCGAGUGGGUGGCACAGAAGUUUCUGGGUGUUCUCUCCUCUGCAUUUCCCACUGCCAUGUCCAUCCCCAUCAGCACUGUGGCUCGAGCCAUGGUCACUAACACAGUGAUCCAUGCUGAGAGAAAGACAGAGAUCUUAGAAAACAAAGCCAUCCAUAACCUCGGCAAGAUCUGAGAGAAAUAAUUUAGGAUUGUUUAUGUUUUAUUUCUGAAGUGCAAUUAAAGCUUUAAUUUUCUUCUUUAUAAAGGGGUGGUGACAUAUCCAACUUCAACUGACAUCAGUACGGAAGGGAAUAUUUGUUUGAUAAAUCUGUGAUUUACUCAAGGAUGUUCAUAUUUGUAUAGUAUGUUUACAUGUCUUGUCUGCACUAUAAUAAAGAAUGUACUGACAAUA